UCUCCUACACCACUUUCCCUACUCCCCCGAGGACCGGACAGAGGGAGUAUUUAUUUAAAAAUUCUGGGUGGACAUGAAAUACUCCAUAAGGUGUAUAUGUAGAUUGUUUAUGCUAAGUGGUAUAGUGGGAGAGGGGUUUGGAGUGGUUUAGGAUUUGGGCGUUGGUUUAUUUCAGCAGCAACUAGACUUAGAGUGAGAAGGAUGGCAACCGAUAUGGUUGUUUUACAGCAUGCAGAGGUGGAAAAUGGGUGCUGUAAUAAAGGACCAGGUUAUGCUUCUCCGCUUCAAGCCAUGUCUGGCCCUAACGAAGCCUUAAUCUAUGUUACUUGUAUAUAUACUGGAACUGGAAAAGAGAAGCCAGAUUACCUUGCUACUGUGGAUACUGAUCCGAAUUCGCCAACGUAUUCCAAAGUCAUUCAUAGGCUGUCCAUGCCUUACCUUGGAGACGAACUGCACCACUCUGGAUGGAAUGCUUGCAGCUCUUGCCAUGGCGAUCCAUCAGCUGUGAGACGCUUUCUUGUCCUGCCUUCCCUACUGUCUGGGCGCAUAUAUGCCGUUGAUACUCAAAAGGAUCCGAGGGCUCCAUCUUUGCAUAAGGUCGUUGAUCCCAAGGAUAUAAUAGAGAAGACGGGGCUGGCAUAUCCUCACACAGCUCACUGUCUCGCGUCUGGUGAAAUCAUGGUGUCAUGUCUUGGAGAUAAAGAUGGGAAUGCUGAAGGAAAUGGAUUUCUACUACUGGAUUCUGACUUUAAUGUCAAAGGAAGGUGGGAGAAACCGGGGCACAGCCCCCUUUAUGGCUAUGAUUUCUGGUACCAGCCUCGACACAAGACCAUGAUCAGCACAUCGAUGGGAGCUCCUUCCACUUUUAUCAAAGGUUUCAACCUUCAGCAUGUUUCUGAUGGUUUAUAUGGGAGACAUUUGCACGUCUACAGCUGGCCAGGAGGAGAGCUGAAACAGACGUUGGAUCUUGGAAAUAAUGGCCUCGUACCUUUGGAGAUAAGAUUCUUGCAUGAUCCAGCCAAAGAUACAGGCUUCGUGGGAUGUGCUAUGGCAAGCACUAUGGUAAGGUUUUUCAAGAAGGCAGAUGAGACUUGGGGUCAUGAGGUAGCAAUAUCAGUGAAGCCACUCAAGGUGCAGAACUGGAUUCUACCCGAGAUGCCUGGUCUUAUAACUGACUUCUUGAUAUCCCUUGAUGAUCGUUUCCUCUACCUUGCCAACUGGUUUCAUGGCGACAUCAGACAGUAUAACGUUGAAGAUCCUGCAAAUCCGCGUUUGGUAGGCCAGGUUUGGGUGGGAGGCUCAAUCCAGAGAGGAAGUCCUGUUGUGGCAGAGGCGGAAGAUGGCACAACAUACCAGACCCAACUACCUCAAGUCCAAGGGCACCAACUAAGAGGUGGGCCGCAGAUGAUACAACUGAGCUUGGACGGGAAGCGCCUGUAUGUUACAAACUCACUGCUCAGUGCUUGGGACUGUCAGUUUUAUCCGGAGAUGGUGGAGAAAGGCAGUCACAUGCUCCAGAUUGAUGUCGACACGGAGAGGGGAGGUCUAGAGAUCAACCCUAGGUUCUUCGUGGACUUUGGAGCUGAGCCAGAUGGCCCGUCCCUCGCCCACGAGAUGAGGUAUCCUGGUGGAGAUUGCACUUCAGACAUCUGGAUGUAAAAUUUCUUUUCUGGACAUGGUUUUAGUAAUGGUUGCAGCAGCCAAACUUGAUUUGGAUUAUAUAUAGAUCAUAAAGUGCAACCAUAUAUAUAGUACGAGUAUGUUAUUCUAUGAAACUUUAUUUAGUUAUACAGUGUACUUUGAUCAUCUUCAUGGUUUGUAACAGAAAAUUGUCAGACAUGUGACAUUAAUAGUAAUAUUAGUGUAAGAAAUAUUAUAGUAAUACUUCAGACAUAUUGCACUUCAGA